AUAAUUUGGCUAAAUGUAUAAUAAAUUAAUUUUAUAAAAUUCUAUGACAACCAAAUUUAAUAAUUUCACCUAAUAUAUUCUUUUUUAUUUAUUUUAUAGUUUUUAAAGUUUUUAAUAUGUUUUCAAUAUGUGGAUAUUUAUUUGUGGCAGGCAUAUCAAUUUUAGGUUUUAUUUUAUAUGAUUCUGACAAAAAAAGAAGAUUAGAUCAGUGUUAUAAAUAUAAAUUAAACAAAAAGAGAGCUGAAAUCAAACUGAAAGAAGCAGAAAAAUUAAAAUAUCGAUUGUUAGCAUUCCCUGCAUCAAAUAAAAUAAAACACAUAAAAAUAUUUGUGAUUCUAGAAAUUCAAAAAGCUGAAGAAUAUAUGAUGCAUAGAAACUAUAACAAAGCAACAGAACAUUUUGCUAAUGGUUUGAGUUUGAUAGAUUAUAAUUACAAACUCGCUAAUAUUUUAUAUAAAAAUGUACCACUGAAAAUGUAUAGAGAAAUUAUAGAUCAAAUGCAAAAAAUUCAAACUAUGUUACCAAAGAUGAAAAUUUGAAAAUUUGAA